AGUCCUCCGCCCCUUUCUAUCAGUCUCGCUCAGUGAAGCUAGUUCCGUGUUCUACUACUUUAUUAUUACAACACCAUUCACUCUCAUAACCCACCGUGAGAUUUAUACACCGUGAGAUUUACAUCAGAUCCUCAUGACCAUGGCCUCUUGAAAAUAAAAUAAAAAGGUGCAGAAGUCCUACAGAACCAGGGGAAGGUUACAAUGAAGCACCCUUGAGCUUCCAUUCGGGAGAAUGUAUUUUUCACAAGGUGAAGAUUCGCUUGAAAUUAGACCGAUGCGGGGAGCAUCCCAGCUGUGCAUUGUAGCACAGCAGCUCCUGUGAGCACCGACUGGCCCCAUCACCUCUCCUCCUGUCUCCACGGUCCUGCCAGCCUCGCCUGUCCUAGAAAUGGCUGCUCAGAGGAAGCAUCUGGUCAGAGAUUUUAACCACUACAUCACCUGCUAUGUUUGUAAAGGAUACUUAAUCAAGCCCACCACAGUGACCGAGUGCCUCCACACUUUUUGCAAACGCUGCAUCGUCCAACACUUUGAAGACAGCAAUGACUGUCCCAAAUGCGGCAUCCAAGUUCAUGAAACAAAUCCAUUAGAAAUGCUAAGGCUGGACAACACCUUGGAAGAGAUCAUCUUUAAACUUGUGCCUGGACUCAGAGAAAAGGAGCAACAACAGGAAAUAGAAUUCUGGAGGAAGACCAAAUCAAGAGAAAAUGGAGGAGAUGACAGUCCAAGAGCCAAGAGAGCCCGAAUGGAUGAUGAAGAUGAGGAAGAUGGAGACCACGAUCACCACAGAAGUGACCCCCAGAUAGCUAUCUGCCUUGACUGCUUAAGAAACAGCAGUCAGUCGGCAGAAAACAUAGUGAAGUCUGAGUUUCUACCCAACCUUGAGAAAACGAUCUUGUUUCAAUUCCCGCUCCAGGGCUUAAUGAAGAAAUUUAUACGCUGCUCAACUCGAGUGACAGUUGGAACAAUAAAGAAGUUUCUUAGUCUGAAGUUAAAGCUUCCAACUUCUUAUGAGCUGGAUGUACUAUGCAACGGUGAGAUCAUGGGGAAAGAUCAUACUAUGGAAUUUAUCUAUAUGACAAGAUGGAGACUUCGGGGUGAAAGUUCUUACCCAAUGGUACUACAGUAUCGGCCGCGGAUUGACUUUGGUUAGACCAGAGGGAAACAGAUUGAACCUGCACUAAAGUAAACCCAUCGACAGACUGCACAAUGAAUGGAUGUGCCUGGAUCAGGGACACAGAUGCUUCUGUUUCUUUGCUGCAUGCAGAUAGAUGUCUAUGCUGUUAGAUUUUGGUUUCUUUAAGUCAGUUUUAUGUUUUAAUUUGACAACAAAUUAAUGUGUGCCAAUCUUGGUCCUUCAACGUCCUACCUAGAAUAAUUGUAGCACUUGGCAUGGGUUUUUCGUAGUCCAGAAACAAAUGUAACAACAGAACUGUUUCACUGCUUUUAAUUUGAAUACAACAAGCUUAUCUGUUGCACUGCAAUGACACAGUGUACAGAUUUGUGAAAGUAAUGAUUCAGUUUGCUGUUGAAUGAGUAUGUUGGACCCACUGGAGUAAAAUCCAAAUUGAACUGAUACCUUCAGGUUGUUCGACAGAAUGCUUUCUGGCUUGGAUACGCUUAUAAGUUAUAAGGUAUCAAUAUAUUGGUCAAAAUACAUUGGUUAUGAAAAUAGCAAGUGAAUUUAACUCAUUGAGAGGUGUUUAUGGGAAGUCUUGAGAUAUGUAAUAGUUAAAGCAGGCUGUUAAUCUGUAUUUUACAACCCCAAAGGUUUAUAAAUGUGUUUUUGGUUAGAAGUAGAUAUUUUGUUAAGUCAAGUAUGUAGCUGAAGUCUUGUAAACAAUCUAAAAACAAUCUUAAAACCGUUUCAGUAUAUAUGUUGGUGGUGGUGAUGAUUAGAGAAGAACUAUUUCGAAUUUUGAAUACCAAGCAGAUGAUCUGAAGAUUCCUAAUAAGCUAAUUUCAUCCACCCAACAGAUUUUUGAUUAUUGUAGACAGAUUAUAUAUGCCCUAUUUUUAAGGGUCAUGGCCACUUUCUUAGUUAUUAAUGUCAGAAUGUCAGACAGUUGUAUUUAUUCAUAGAGUAAUUGGUUGUAUUUUCCAUUGUAAAUGUCAUACUGCAAGAGAUUUGUACAUCUUUUAUCAUUCCUUCCUUUAAUUCCCUAUGCAUUCUUAACUGCAGUCACUGUGUAUAGAGUGGCGCCAAUUAAAAUAUAAUUUACAAAUGCCUUGGAUAAACCAUAAAGUAAUGCACACUGAUUAGGCAUAAGAAGUCAAUAAUGGCUUCAGCUGUGAGUUGGACCACAUACUGUAGCUCCCAACGCAUUAUUCAAAUGGAAACAGGUGUCCAGAGUUAAGGAUUCUAAAGGUUUCGCACAACUUAUAUAGGGCUAGUGGAUCACAUGACACGUCAUAUGACCACAUACAUUUUCAUACAUUGUAGGGGGUUUUGAAUUUUACUUACAUUCUAUACAUUUUUGGGCAAACAGCUAGAUGGCAAGAGGUUGAAACAAGCCAGAGAGGACAUGAUUGAACUUAUAUAGAAAUGAAAUGUGGCUCUAUGAGAUGAAUAGUCUUUUACAGAGUUUAUUCUGGCUACUUACAAGAGAUCAUAUUCUGAUCACAGCCAGCUGAACAGACGAACAGAGUCACAAGGGGGCAAGGGCUUAUCGGCUACAGGACAAUCUGAUUCACAGUUGCUGACAUUUCUGGACCUGCUGCAGCGGGAUCUCUAAUGCUGUACCAUUUGUGUACUGUACAUACAGGAUGAAAUCCACAGCUUUUUAGUUUCAGCACAGGACUCAAAUGGAGUACUGUGAGAGCACACCCAUUGUUGCAUUACUGAGGCUCAGUGAUUAGGGAGACAUUUUCGAAAGUAUGUCCAAAACUCAAAUUAUUAUCUGGCAAGAAAAUAUGAGCUGAAAAGUAUUCAUAGAAGCUUUCAGUUCUUUUCCAUGGCCUGACUAAAAUGUGAUUACCCAGGCCUGUUUUUGUGCCAAUUUUAUGAACUGGUAAUGGCUUUAUUUGGCAGUGCUCAUGAAAAUAUAUAUAUAUAUAUAUAUAUAUAUAUAAUUAAAUAAAAAAUGUGUUAAAUUAGAUAAACAGUUCUAUUGUUCCCUUGCCUAACAUUUAGUUGUGCUGUUAAUUUCAUAUAUGCUUUACAACUGUUGCUAUUCAUUUUUAGUUUUUUUUUUUUUUUUUUAAUUAAAAGCUAUCAAAUUUUGCUGUCUGUCAUUUUGAAAACUCAAGAAAAAAGCCUUUCAUCUCUUACUGAUUAAAAUGGAAGUCUAUUUUUAUUUAUUUUUCUAGCUUCUGCAUGUUUGUAACUAAAGUCUAAACGAUACAUGUUGACCAGUGAGGCUUGCAUCUAAGACUGCCUUGUUACAAAUGUACUCAAUUUACUGUAGUGCCAUGCCAUACUGCUAGAAUAUGGGUAUAAUACAUACAGUGUUAAAACAAUAAUGCUUGCUGUAUUAAGGAGCUUUCUGGUGGCCCGCAAAAGUCAGAUAUCUUGUAUAGCUGCUUUAUGUACACAUCUCUAGCAGUGAAGUGGGCAAAUUGUGGUGGGCUUUUAUUAACAGCAUCCUAAUUUAUAAGUAUGCUUAUUACCAACAACUUGUGACAAGCUUCUUUUUAAAAAAAAACUACUCUGUAAUCACUUUGUGUUUUUAUCCAUCUUCAAAAAUGUUUUGUAAAAAUAUUAAAAAGUUAUAAAUAAAUAAAAACAUACAAACUAAUAGUGGUUUAACUGUUAGUUAAUACAUUGUUUAGACUGAAUAACCUUUGACAUGUUCUUGUGCUAACCUGCUAUGAAGAAUAUUCUGUAUUUUUGUAAGAAGCACUUGUAGAUAUUUUAUCUUUAAAAGGAAAUGUAUGUGGUAUGUUUUCCAAACAAACAAAAAAAAAAUGCUGCUUAGAAUAAUCUAUUUUAUUUUUCAAUGUAAAUGUGCCUGAAAUGCAUUCCUAUAGAGUUUAGCGAUCUCUCUGUGUGUGUGUGUAUAUAUAUAUAUAUAUAUAUAUAUAUAUAUAUAUAUAUAUAUGCAAAAUAGUUCUAUUUGUGAUGGAAAUUUCCUGACAUUAUUAAAAAAAUAAUAAUUCACAUUGUGUGACUGGAGGCAUUUUACUAUUAUACAUACACAUGCAAAUAAUCUCAUUGCUGUAAAACAGCAGUUAGGAAAAUACCCUUUCUAUGGUUGACUCCAUGGGCCAUAUUAUACAACUUUACAUAGACUACUGCGAUUGCUUACAUAUUUUUUUAAUCUGCUGAGCUCAACCCCAUCCCCCUCAUUGUUAUAUAGUGUUAUUAAUGUUUGGUGUCACUGUAUAGUGGGGUUCUCAUACAUUAAAUAGCAAAUAGAUUGAAUGGCUUUACAGUGAGCAUUCGCUAGCAAGGUUAAUGAAGUUCAUUCAAACUGUGAUGAUCAGUAAGGAAUGUCUUCGCUGUGCAUAAUUCAGCAGUGUUUAAUGUUUUGCCAUGGAUGCCUCCCAAGUAAACAUUUUCCGGGUGCUGCUGCUGCUGUUUGCUCAGCUCCAUGAACAACAGCCAGGGUGACUGGUAUUCUCCAGGGAAAAUCUCACAUGUUGCUACAGCACAGACCACCGUCCCAUCAACGAAAAUGAAAGAUUAUUGUCGAAUCUGAUCUGUCGUAUCCAUUCUAGUUGAACAGUGAAAGCCUAAUACUUCCAGACUCCAAUGUGCUAUUUGGCUUACAGGAAAACCAAUACACUUUACAGGUGUUGUAAACCUUCAGUCUAUUUGGAUGCUUUUAAUUUUCUUUGUAAUUUAUUUUUAUGUGCAAUAAAAAGAUCAGACUUGUC